AUGACUAGGAUUCGCAAGUCACACGAUGACUAUACCCUUGGCUGGCUCACUGCUCUUCCACUUGAAAGGAGCGCGGCAGAAGCCGUGCUGGAUGAAACACAUGAGCCAUUGAGAGGUAGUCCCGGGGAUGGAAACACAUACACGUUAGGUGAGAUUCAGGGUCACAAUGUAGUAAUCACUUGUCUCCCGUCCGGGCAGUAUGGAAUCGCCACAGCUGCACACGCAACAUCACGGAUGAGGAUCUCCUUUCCUAACAUUCAGUAUGGGCUCUUGGUGGGAAUUGGUGGCGGGGUACCCGACUCCUCUCAUGCUGACAUCCGACUUGGGGAUAUCGUCGUCGGGCAGCCCACCAGUACUCAUCCGGCAGUGGUGCAAUACGACUUCGGCAAAAGUGUCGAUGGUAAAUUUCAACGCAUAGGCAUGUUGAAUCCACCUCCAUCAGUGCUACUAUCUGCACUUUCCAAGUUACAGGCGAACCACAAGAAUAAGAGGUCCAGAGUUGCUGAAUUCCUCCAGAAAUUGGGGGAAUGCAAUGAAUUAUUCCAUCAUCCUGGCCAGGAACAGGACCGUCUUUUCAACCCGUUCUACAACCACGAGAAGGAUGCAAGGACCUGCGCAGAUUGUGAUCAAACGCAAGUUAUCACGCGGCCAAAACGGUCUUCGACAGACCCAGUCGUUCAUUAUGGGGUAAUUGGGACGGGGAACCAGGUCAUAAAGGACACCCAGAUGCGGCAGAGGUUGGAACAGCAAGAACAACUCCUAUGCUUUGAGAUGGAGGCCGCGGGAAUGGUUAACGAAAUCCCCUCUCUAGUUAUCAGGGGCGUAUGCGAUUACUGUGACACGCACAAGAACAAGCACUGGCAGGAGUACGCAGCGGCGGCGGCGGCAGCCUAUGCAAAAGAUUUUCUCUCGGUCCUUUCCCCUUAUGCCUAUAUAGGAAACCGCUUUAAGCUUACUAUGAACCUGAGCGGUGUACCUGCCAUUUGCGAUUUCGUGGGGAGAAAUGCCGACUUGGAGAAGCUGGCAAGGCUGCUGCUGCCAAAUGCGUCAACCUCGCAAAAGAUUGUGACCCUUCACGGAUUGAGUGGUAUCGGCAAGACCCAGUUAGCUCUUCGAUUCAUUCAAUGUCACAAGGAGGAUUUCACUGCAGUAUUUUGGGUCAACGCACACACUCGCGAGAGCAUAGUACAGUCGUUGGCUUCGGUACAUUUACCGCAAUCUACGGACGCCCUCACGAGUGAUCACCCGACCCACGACGAGGAAUUGGAAGGAAAGGCCAUGGAUGUCAUUUCAUGGCUCAGCCUGAGGGAAAAUACAAAGUGGCUUCUGGUGUUUGACGGAAUGGCUCUUGACUCAACCGAGGUCCAGAAGUUCUUCCCUACGUCAGACCAGGGUUCGAUUAUUCUCACGACACAGUUUGCUAAUACUCAAGAAUAUGGGCACCCAUAUCGCCUUUCAACGCUUAACUUUGAUGAUUCACUGAAGCUCCUAACACUCAAAACGGGCCUUACAAUUAGCGCUAAUAUACCAUCAGAUGUUUAUGACCUCCUCGAUCAAUUAGACGGACACCCCCUAGCUAUCACCUUAGCAGGAUCUUUUAUAAGUGAGACAGGUGCCACCGUGUCAGAAUGCUUGCAGCAAUACUCAAGCCUGUGGCACAGACAUGAAUCACAGAUCCCAGAAUGUGACCUACCUUUCAGCCGUAACAUAAGCACAGCAUGGAUGCUUCCUUUUGAGGAGAUCAAGAAGAGUCGUCCAAUCGUCUUCAAAAUGCUGCUUUUGCUUUCCUGUUUUGACCAACGGGACAUUUGGCCCGAACUCAUCAAAACAGGCCUUCGAGUUGGGAAUCCGCCAUCGUGGUAUACCAGCGUUGCCUCCAGCAAUGACGAAUUUUAUCAAGUAAUGGGUUAUCUUCUUCGCCUUGGCUUACUGGACAGAAGGCCAUCCCAAAAUAGUUACUUCAUGCAUCCGGUGGUGCAGAACUGGUGUCAAGGAUAUCUCGCUCAGUACGACAAAAACGAGCUGGUAUCUAUUGCUUUGGGUUCGAUUGGUCUCUGCGUUCCUGAAAAAGAUGAUUCAGAAGCUUGGAAAUGGCAGAAGCGUAUUAUACCCCAUGCUGACCGUAUAUACCAACUGUCGCAAGGUGAUCUGGCUAUGCAGCCAUGUCUCGGGUUAGCAGAUUCCAGCAGAAGACUUGGAGACUUGUUCUUGCAAUACGGCAAGCUGCAGGAAGCAGAGGUCAUGUAUAAAACAGCACACGACUGGUAUCGGAAGCUGGACCCUCUAAGCCGAGAGCUCCUUGUAGUCCUUGAUAGCCUGGGGCUCGUUUAUCGAAACCAGUCCAAAUACAAGGAGGCGGAAGAGAUCCACGAAAAGGUGCUGGCAGACAAACAAAACAGAGUAGGACCAGAAGAUCCGUCCACAUUGGAUACCACUCAACAUCUCGCCGAACUAUACUCGAGCCAAGGAAUGCUGGAAAAGGCAAAGAAGAUGUAUGAAAGAGUGCUAAGUGGAAGGACAAGCAUGCUGGGCCAAAGUCAUCCAUCAACUCUGAGCACGAUGGAUAAACUAGGAACAGUCUAUCUAGGCUUAGGAGAACUGAACGAUGCUAUGGACUAUUGUCAGCGAGCUUACCAAGGUUACCGAAAGCACCGUCUCAUAACCGCGAUGAUGAAUAUCACCAACAAUAUCGGCCUCAUCUACUUGAAGCAGGGGCGUUUUGUAGACGCCGCAGCGUACCACACUCAAGUUGUGAAGGAACUCGAGGCAAUCCUUGGAGACAACCACCCCUCUGUAUUCAAUGCCAUGGAGAAUCUGGGUCUUCUCUAUACCAAACAGGGCAAAUUUGACGAAGCCAAGAAACAUCUCUUCGAAGCUUUAUCCCACAGGAAGCGCGUGCUCGGCGCAGAGCACCCUUCGAUCAUAACUACCAAGGACAAUAUAGCACGUCUGUAUGUCUCACAGGGCAGGACUGAUGAUGCUGAGAGAGAGUACAAAGAAGCUCUGGAGCUAGCAAACAGGACGCUUAGUUCUAAUCAUACAAGCACCUUACGGCUACUCAACAACCUGGGUAACUUGUACUAUUCGCAAGGAAUGUUUCGGGAAGCCGAGAACAACUAUCUUCAGGCCAUGGCUGGCUAUGAGGCGGUUUUAGUCCCCACUCACACCUCCAGGUUAUCUGUCAUGGUCAAUCUCGGCAAUAUCUAUAAGUUACAAGAUAAGAGAGACGAGGCUGGACAGAUGUAUAGAGGAGCCCUUGAUGGCUACAAAGCCACAGUGGGUGAGAGCCAUCCGACUACGCUGAAAGUUGAGAACAACCUCGGACUGCUCUACUUCGACCAGGGGAACUUUCAAGCGUCGGAGAAUAUGCUCGUUCAAUGCAAGAAAAAUAAGGAAGAGUUGUUCGGCUCCGAUCAUCCUUCUACCCUGGGAGCGAUUGACAAUCUGGGUUUCCUACGAUAUUGUCAAGGCCGGUUCAAAGAGGCAGACGAGCUGAUGGAACAGUCCUUAACUGGAUGGCAGAAGAUAGGUCACCGCCAGCACAUUCUCGCGACACAAAUCAACCGAGGAAUGGUAUGGAUUGGUCUGGGCAGAUUUGACGAAGCAGAGGAGAUCCUUAAACAAAGUCAAGUUCAAGCCCAGGAGCUCCUCGAUCCAGACCAUCCGUUCAUCGCCGAAGUCACUCACAAUCUUGGUGUAUUAUCCUUGGAGCGAGGUGCAAUUCACGAGGCGAAAAAACAACUCCAAUAUGCCCUCGACAAACGAGGAAAGAUAUUCGGUGCAAACCACACGUCUACCCUAGAGACAUCCCUCAAUCUCGCCAACUGUCUCCGCACUGCCGGCGACCUAAGCCAAGCGAACGCAAAAUACAUUGAAAUAACACACUCUCUAAAAGCAAACGUCGGCCCAAACCACCCCUCAACACUCCAAGCGCAAUGCCACUUCGUGGCCCUCCUAUUAGACGAAGACAGCGCGACCAGCAUAACCCAGGCCGAGACCAUAAUAACCCCCACCUUAAUUGGCUUACAGUCAACCUUCGGAUGGGAUCAUCUCUUCACCGCACGAGCCAUAGUCCAAAUGGCCAGACUACAGACCAAAAAAGGUCACUUAAGGGAAGCCAAAAAGCUCUACUCGAAAGCGUAUCAGAGCUUCGAGAGCACGCUGGGUGAAGAGCACCGGGAAACUGUGUCGGCGAGAAAGAUGUUGCACACUGCGAGCUCGCAAGUCAGUCAGAUGUAUCGACGAUUGAUCCUGGUUGCAUCGGUUCCUCUCUUGGUUGGGAUUUGCGUGAGACUGGCAAAAAAGAUUCUGAAUCGGUCAACGUUUGUCGAUGGGUUGUUGCGUAGGGUGUUUGCUUUGAUGCGAAUUCGGAAACAGAGGGAGAGACGGUGAUGAUGAUGAUGACGGCAUUAGGCAGG